AUGCAUAAUUCAGAUCCGUCGCAAUAUGUGCUCCGCUGGGCAAUCUACUCCGCCAAAACUGAUUCAUAUUUAUUGCGAUUUUAUAUACAGCAAGAGGAUCUUCCGGUUAGCUACUCAUUUCGCCGAGGAUUCUAUGCGGGGGAGAGAAAGAGAGAGAGAGAGAGUGAGAGAGUGAGAGAGAGAGAGAGAGAGAGAGAGAGAAGAGACGAGAGAGAGUCUUCUCUGCUGGUAUCAACUAUUGAGAAACCAACUAUACCAAUGAACACGUAUAAGCAGCGAAGCGAUAUGGAUCGGGAAAUAAGAAAUAUAACCAUAUUUCUCUAUGAUGUUGUAGGCUAAACUUCAGAAAUGGUACUUAUAAUUUUCGUCCUUUUUGGAGUGGCCUACGCUUGGGGAUGCCCUGAGUCCUGUAUUUGCAAGUGGAAAGGCGGAAAGCAGACGAUAGAAUGCGUCAACAAGACGCUCAUCACCAUACCUUCGAACAUGGACCCUGGCACCCAAGUCCUCGAUUUUGCUGGCAACAAUUUGAACAAGUUACCCAAAAUGAGAUUCGAAAACAUGGGCCUAAUCAACUUACAGAAGAUUUUCCUUUCCAGGUGCAGGAUCAAAGCGAUCGACCGAGACGCUUUCAAAGGUUUAACGAACCUCGUCGAACUGGACCUCAGCGAUAAUUUCAUCACUUCCGUCCCGACAGAUACAUUUCACGACUUCCCUUCUCUGAUGAGGUUAGCAUUGAGUGGCAAUCCAAUUGAGGUAUUGCGCACUGCUGCCUUCCGGCGACUCACUUACCUCACAAGCCUAGAGCUGAGCCAUUGCAAAAUCAAAUCCAUCGAAGAUGGAGCAUUCGAAAGCUUAAGCAGCUUGGAGUGGUUGAAACUGGAUGGAAACAAAAUAAAGUACAUAAAAGGCACUAAUAUCCUUCCAAAAGACCUUCACGGAAUCGACUUGCACCACAAUCCCUGGCAAUGCGAUUGCAAUUUGAUUGAUAUCAGAAAUUGGUUGUUAACUUAUAACGUUCCUCACUCUAUCGAACCCACGUGUGAUUUUCCUCCGAGGCUGCAACACAAGGAAGUUAAAAACUUACCUCAAGAAGAUCUUGCUUGUUUACCAGACGUAACGCCUACAACAUUCUAUUUAGAAAUAGCCGAAGGUAAAAACGUUUCCCUUCAGUGCAGAGUAACGGCCAUACCCGAAGCCAGAGUGUCUUGGUGGUAUCAAGGCGAAGUUCUGCAAAACGACUCAACUGUAGCACCUGGAUUACAUUUGUAUUAUUUUUUAGAAGAGGGUACGACGGAGAAGAAAUCUGAAUUGUUUAUAUUUAAUACUAACAUUGAUGACAAUGGAACUUUUGUGUGUAUUGCCGAAAAUCAAGCAGGAAGGUCGCAAUCAAAUUACACCAUCAGAAUAGUUUUGACCAAGGAACCUGUUGUUGGAUUGGCUGUGAUUCCUCAGGCAUAUGUUGUAGCAUUGUCUGCUGCAAUUAUUGUGAUUGGACUUUUAGGAGUGAUAUGCAUCGUUUUAUGUUAUAUACAGUGUCGAAGGCAAAAGAGGCGAAAGAAGAAAAAAGACAGAAGUAAAGUAGCUGGUAUUCAAAAUCAACAGCAGAUGGAUAAGAUCCCAGCUGCGCGUGAAGACACGAUUACAAGGGUGGCUGCGAACGUGGCACUGCCAAAACCAAACGGGCCGGUAUUGAAUCAAGAAAUUAUGGCGUUCGCUACAGGUCCUGGCGUCUUGGUGAUACCCAACAAUCUCAGUUACACUAAUGCUCCGGUACCUCAAACAUUUCAAGACAAGAAUCCCGAUUUAAUCAACGACACGGGCAGCAAGGAGUGGAACAAAGAGAGCGAAGAAGGUGAAAAAAUAUGGGCAGGAGGAACACUUCCGAGACGUGACAUUUUCCCGAAGCACUUGACUGCAGACGUCCAUCUUUCCCCCGGAAAGUUCAUUGACGUAGAUGGGUAUCCAGUAGAUUACGGUCUUCCAAAGCUGCCUGGUCCGUUCCCAGUAGUCAUGCCACCUCAAGCUUUCUACAGAACUCUCCCUCACAAAUCACGUCAAGGUAUCACAGCAAGGUUUUCGAGAGAAGCAGAAUGCAUACAUUACGCGCCUGGAGAUGUUCGAUAUACUGCUGAGGGCUAUCCGUCCUUCCAAGAUCCGUUCAUCUCUCCACCCGUGGGAUACCGAAGCGACGCCGCCUCUCAGUGGCCAGAAUCCGGUUUGGACUCCUUAAGGACUGUCUCAGCCCAGACCUCCGAAGUUGAACCCAUUCCGGAACGACAGGAGCUGACAGAGAGCCCGGACGAGGGAUACGUCGGCGAGGGAGGAGAUUCCUCCGUCAACUGACAAGAGAGAAACAGUGGAAAGUCCAAGGAGUCCUUCAUACCUUAAAGACAAAGAGUGUAACUUAGGAGGAGCUCGGUUGAUUGGUGUCAGUAGUGACCGGUACAGAUAUCAUAUGAUCAGGGUAUAAUCUUGUGCAAAAGCUUUUAUUUAUUGCAAGUGCUCAAUUUUUGAAAAUGUACUCAUAUCGGGAACUGUAAUUUGCACUGCAUAGCAUAAGAAAUAGGUGUUAAUAUAAUUUCUUAUAUUUUUUUUUAUUUUAUAUUUUUAUGAGAAAUGGUAUACUGUAAAUUUGUGAUGGAUUAAAAUUCACAAUGAUAAUUUUAAAGGAAUGUAAUGUAAAUAAUUGUGCUUGGAUCCAGUUAUCAUUGGAUGAUCUUUUUAUUUAUUUUUUAUGUUUGUUAAAUGUUGAAAUUUGUUGAGUUACCAACCUUUUAAUACCUAAGACAUUUCCAAAUAAUUUUAUUUCCUCGAUCGAUACUUGCUCAAAUUUCCCUCACUUAAUAUUUGAAUCCUAUGUGACUACAAAUAUAUACAUAUAUAUUUGGAGAAAGACAAGCCUAUACCAAACCUAUUGGUUUUAGUACUAUUUUAAAAGAUUUAUUUAUGCUGCUCCAGAGACUGAAUUUCAGAUAAAAUUUGGCCUACAUUUUUCUAUUUAUUUCUUUUAACCUCUCUAAUGAUUGGUGUUAUUUCUAAAUGUUUAUUCAACGUAGCGUCUUCUGCCUGACUCAUAUAUGGGACUCUAAUCUGUGUUAACUGUUAUAAUCUAUGAUAAUGGAUGUCAUUUAGGUACUAUGCUAUAUACAUUUCCAUAAAUGUGUUUAUCAAUGUAAAAUAAAGAGAAUAUAACC